GCUACAAAGCUGUCUCUUUUCCUGGGUUAGAUCAGAGGAAAGGAACAGCUGGCAGGAGAGGAGCAUGGGCCACCGGCUUCCGCUCUCGCUGUGCUCCCUGUUGCUCCUGAUUCAAACCUGCGUCCCAGCCGCCCUGAGCCUGCGCUGUCUGAAGUGUGACAGGAACCAGAAGUGUCAGGUGGAGGAGUGUGCUCUGGGCCAGAACCUCUGCAGAACCACCAUCCUGCGCGAAUGGGAAGAAGAAGAACUGAAGGUGGUGACGAGAGGCUGUGCCCACUCGGAGAAGACCAACCGGACCAUGAGCUACCGAAGCGGCGCCAAGAUCAUCAGCCUGAUGGAGACUGUGUGUGGGGAAAACUUGUGCAACCGACCCAGAACUGGUAGCCAACAGCUCACCUUUGCCAGGGGCCGGUACCGGGAGUGCGUGUCUUGCACCUCUUCUGACCUGAGCUGUGAGCGGGGUCGGGAGCAGAACCUGCAAUGCCGCUAUCCCGGGGAGCAGUGCCUGGACGUGGUGACCCACCAGAGUGUGGCAGGAAGAAUGGAUGAAAACUACAUCCGGGGCUGUGGCAGUCUUCCGGGAUGUCCAGGCCAGACUGGCUUCCACAACAACCACACCUUCCACUUUCUUCGUUGUUGCAACAGCUCCCAGUGCAACCAAGGCCCAGUCCUGGUUCUUCAACACCUGCCAAUGAAUGGUGUCCAGUGUUACAGCUGUGAGGGGAACAGCACCCACGGCUGCUCCUCCGAACACACCUCCCUCAUCGACUGUCGAGGCCCCAUGAAUCAGUGUCUGGAGGCCACAGGCUCUGAUGGGCUGGACAAGCGGAGGUACACCGUGCGAGGCUGUGCCACAUCCUCGUGGUGUGAAGGCUCCCACAUGGUGGACACCUUCGACCUGACCCACCUCAAUGUGACCUGCUGUACUGGCAGUGGUUGCAACAGUCCACUCCGAGAUGUCCAGCACCGUCGGGGCGCUGCCCCCCGGCUGAGGCCUGUCCACUUCAGCCUCUCCAUGUGUCUGCUCACGACCAUCAGACUGUGGGGAGGGACUCUCCUCUGGACUUGACGCCUCCAGCCCACCACCCUGGCUGGUUCCAGGGACAUGUUUGUUUUGCUUUCCAGGUAGGGUCUCACUGUAGCCCAGGCUAACCUGGAACUCACUCUGUAGUCUGAGGCUGGCCUCGACCUCACACCGAUCCUCCUACCUCUGCCCCCUGAGUACUGAGAUCGAAGGUGUGUGGACCCCUGCCGGACUUCUUUUGUUGUUGUUGUUUUGUU